AUGAAUAUAUUUAUAAUUUUCUUAUAUUUAAUAAAUAUGGCAACGUCUGUCGAUUCAAAAGAAAUAAAAUUACAAUUGAAACAAGCUCGAGAACUAAUUAAUCGAAAAGAUCAUGCAGCUGCUUUAAAAUUAUGCGAAAAUAUCAUAGUACAAGAUAAAAAAAAUUAUAUGGCUUGGGUAAUGAUUGCUGCUUGUGCACAAGAAUUAAAACAAUUUAAUCAAGCCCAAUGUGCACUAUUUAAAGCGCUUGAACUCGAUGAAAAUCAAACAUUUGCCUAUCAAGGUAUGAUAUCAUUAUAUGAAAAAUGUCCAGCUCUGCUGACAGAAGAAGAUCUCAUUAGUUCAUAUAGAAAAUUAUGUAUGCUUACACGUGCGUAUGUAUUCUCAUUGCCGAAAGCAAAUGUGCUUUAUUAA